GGUGUUAGUUAAUUUUUCAAACAAUUUGUUUGCCACAAAAACAAUUAAACUGAUAGAGUAAAUUAACAACAAAAUUUAAUAUAAAAUCAAUCACAUCGGUAAAUAUUGUUACCACAAAACUUUCAGUACUUCAACAAUCAACUUGAAACAAUCAACAAAUCAAACAAAAUCAACAACAAAAUGGUUUCAUUCAAAUUGAUCCUCUGUGUUACCUUAAUUGCUACAAUUGUCUCAGCUCAAGAUUAUGAUUCUGGUGAUUUCGAUGGUGAUGUUGGCGGAGGUCCAGACAUGGGAGGUUUCGGUGACUCGGAAGCGGGAUUUUCGGGCGGUAUGAGUGGGUCAUUCGAUGGUGCCGAAGGUGGUGAGGCCGGUGCUUCAUUCGAGGGUGGUGCUGGUGAAGGUCUCGGCGGUGGGGAUGAUUCCCGACGCGCUGCCGCUGCUUCAAACAAAGUACCUUUAGUUUAUAAGAUCAUCUCAGCUUCUAAGAACUAAAUUAAUCUCAAUCAAUGAUUAAAACUUUUAUAUAUACAAAACAAUUAACUUAUAAAUCUCAUACAUAUCAUAUUCCUAAACAAUUAGAAAGCUCAAUGUUUACAAAAUUAAUCAACAAAUUAACUAAAAUUAAAUGUUAAACUUUUAUAUUGAAUAAAAUUUGUCUUUUCGUCUUGAAAAAUUUUAAUUGUUGACAAAAUCAAUUUGUUUCUCUUUGAGUUGACAACAAUUAGUUGAUUGCACUGAAUCUGCUCUAAUUGUGUUGAAUUAAAUUAUUUGCUUUUCACUUGUCAUUUGAAACAGGAUUAAUAAUUGUGAUUAAUUGAACCGACCAUUUAAUCAUUGACUGUAUCCAAAUUUUAACCAAAUCAAGUCGACAACAAUUAACAUUUGGUUAGUUGAUAAAAUUUCUUGGUCUUAAUCAAGUUGUCCAAUGAUCACUUAAUUGUUAAUCUUUAGUUAAUUUAUAUGAUUUAAGAGAUUAUCUAAUCAUCUUUACCUUAAUUACCAAAUUGAAUCUUCAAUACAAUUAAUCUUUGGUUUAAUUAUUAUGAUGAAUUUUAAAUUGAAGGUGAAAUUUAUCCAGCAAUUAACUAGAUUAUCAUCAACAAUUUCAAUUAACUCAGCUAAUAAUGUAUUAACAACAUCAAUCCCAAGUUUGUCAUCUUUUAAUUGUAAUUGGGAUAAAGUGAUUAGUGAAAGUAAACAAUUAAUUAAUUACUCGUCAACAAAUUUCAACUCAAAGUGUUUAUCAAAUCAAGAAAUUUUCAAAAUCGUUCAACAAUUAAAUCAAUUAGCUGAUUUUAAUCAUCCAAUUCAAGAGGAUGCAAAGAGAUUAGUAUUGAAUGGAAACAAUUCAAUUGGGAUUCGAGGAUUAAUUGUCUUGUUAAUUGCUAAAGCGAUUGGAAUCAAAUGUUAUAACAAUUUAACAGAAUCCAAAUUAGUCCAAAGACAAUAUUCAUUGGCGGAAAUGACUGAAAUGAUUUACUCAGCUCACCAAAUUCACAAAGGAGUAAUUAACCUUAAUUCAAAGGUUAAUUGUGAUCAACUGAUCAACAAUCAAUCAAUUGGUAAUUCAGUUUCAAUCUUAUCUGGUGAUUACUUAUUAGCCAAUGUAUGGAAAGGACUUGGUGAAUUAAGAGACACCAAAGUUGUUGAACUUAUGGCAAAAAGUUUAUCUGAUUUAGUGGAAGGACAAUUUAUCGUUACAACUGAAUCAAUAAAUUGUUUGAAAGAUGUUCAUUCAUUGAUUGAUUAUUGGACAUCAAUUAAUUUCCGUUUGAAUGGUUCAUUAUUAGCUAAUGCUUGUCAAUCAGUUGCUGUUCUUGGUAAUCAUAAUUUGAUAAUUCAACGUAAAGUUUAUCAAUUUGGUUUAAAUUUUGCAUUAGCUUUACAAUCAGCUGAUGAGAUGAAACUUUUUCUCACUAAUCAAUUUAAUCACAAUCAAUUUUAUCCAAUUCAUUCAGCUCCAGUUUUAAUGUAUUUCUCAUCAACACAAGAUGAUUAUGAAAACUUUAAAACAAUUGGAGGAACAAUUAACCAAAGAAAACUUUACGAAGCAAUUAGAUCAAGUUCAGCGAUUGAUUUAACUCGGGACAUGAAAAAUUCUCACACAAUUAAAGCUCUACAAUUACUUGAAAGUUUACCAAUUAACGAAACAAUUAAAAGUUUAGAAAACAUUUUAUCUACAUUGGUGAUUUUAUAAAUUCUAAUCAAAUUAAACAGUCGAUUUACUCAAAAUACCUCAGAAAAUUUUCU